AUGACUAGAAAAGAACUUUUGAAUAUCCAUACGGGUUUGGUUCUGAUCGAUUAUGACAAGAGAUUGACCCACUCUUUCACUGCCCACCCAAAAGUUGACCCUGCUACGGAAGGUGAAAUGUUUACAUUUGGCUAUUCGCAUAUGCCCCCAUAUCUCAUAUACAGAGUUAUCUCGAAAGAUGGUUUUAUGCAUGACCCUGUCCCAAUUACUAUAUCAGAGCCAAUCAUGAUGCAUGAUUUUGCUAUUACCGAGAAUUACUCCAUCUUCAUGGAUCUUCCUAUGCACUUCAGGCCAAAGGAAAUGGUGAAAGAGAAGAAAAUGCUGUAUUCCUUUGAUCCUACAAAAAAGGCUCGUUUUGGUGUUCUUCCACGGUAUGCCAAGGAUGACCUAAUGAUUAAAUGGUUUGAGCUUCCCAACUGCUUUAUAUUCCACAACGCCAAUGCUUGGGAAGAAGAUGAAGAAGUCGUCCUUAUCACUUGUCGCCUUGAGAACCCAAAUCUUGACAUGGUCAGCGGGAAUGAGGACGAAGUACUUAGAAGUUUUAGCAACGAACUGUAUGAAAUGAGAUUCAACAUGAAAACGGGCUCAGCUUCUCAGAAGAAACUAUCUGCAUCUUCAGUUGAUUUCCCAAGAAUCAAUGAGUCCUACACUGGAAAGAAACAGAGAUAUGUAUAUGGUAUUGGAACAUUUCUGGACGGCAUUUCAAAGGUUACAGGAAUUAUCAAGUUUGAUCUGCAUGCGGAAGCUGAGACAGGCAAAACAAUGCUGCAAAUAGGAGGCAAUAUCAAAGGAAUAUAUAAGCCCGGACACGGAGUAUAUGGCUCAGACCCAAUAUACGUCCCGCGCGGGACAGCAGAAGGAGACGACGGUUACUUGAUAUUCUUUGUUCAUGAUGAAAACACAGGAAAAUCAUGUGUGAAUGUGAUAGACGCAAAAACAAUGUCGUCGGAGCCAGUCGCAGUGGUGGAGCUGCCACAUAGGGUCCCAUAUGGCUUCCACGCCUUGUUUGUUACAGAGGAACAAUUCCAAGAACAAACACUUAUAUAA